CUUUUUGCUUGACUUCUUCCAAGUUUGUGGGCUACUUCUCCUUUUCCUUCAUCAUCAUGUCAGGAAUAAUCGACCAGCUGAUAGGGGAAUAUUUUGAUCAGGGGUUGACGCAGGGGGAGAUAGCACUGCGUCUCCUAAUUGGGAAUAAUUUUAAGAUUAGUCCGCGGCACCUCCGCAGAAGACUGGCCCGGCUCCGUCUUUACCGGCGGAGAUACAAUGAUCCAGCUGAGGUCGUUGAUUUUAUCUCAAAGCAGAUGCAAGGGCCAGGUCGGCUUCAUGGCUACCGAAUGAUGCAUGAAAGGUGCCGUUUAGCUGGGCUCCGUGUCACUCGGGAUGCUGUAUGCGAGAUCCAGACCACCCUUGACCCCGAGGCUGUUGCGCUUCGGAAAGGUAAGAAGCUACGUAGGAGAUCCUACAGUGUUCCGGGGCCCAAUUAUAUGUGGCACAUGGACUCUUAUGACAAGCUGACCCCCUUUGGCAUUGGCGUGAACGGGUGCAUUGAUGGAUUUUCAAGGCACAUUAUUUGGAUGAAAGCGAACUCCACCAAUAGCAACCCCUGCGUCAUUGCAGCCUAUUAUGUUGAAGCUGUUACCAAACUUGGAGGCUGCUCAAAGAUCCUAAGAUCAGACCGUGGGACAGAGAAUGUCCAUGCCAACAGGCUGCAGAUGUUUUUCAGGGAAGAUGACACUGGAGAGGUCCAUGGUACCCCUUGUGUUAUACAAGGAAGAAGCACAGCAAACCAGAGGAUCGAAAGUUGGUGGGGGAUGUAUAGGAGGCAGAAUGUGGACUACUGGAGAGACGUCUUCAGAGAGUUUCAAGCUACCGGUGAUUUCAGUGGCGAUUUUAUCGACAAGGGUCUCAUUCAGUUCUGUUUCCUAAAGAUUGUACAGGAAGAGCUGGACACAGUGGUGCGAAUGUGGGACAACCAUCGCAUUCGUCCGGGGAGUAAUGGCCACCUAUUUGACUGCUGA